UGCAUGCUACUAUUGCACUCAGCAAAACAGGGCAAAACACAUACUGCUGAGGCUUGAGCAGAUCUCCCACCCACACACUGCAGAGUGUAUAAAAACAUGUGUUGACCGAUGCACAGAGGACUGGGGAAUAUCAAAAGAAAAAAUUCUGACUGUAAUAACAGAUAACGGGAGCAACAUGGUUGCAGCCUUCAAAAACGAAGAUGAUGAUGAGCCCAGCUCUGAGGAUGAAGAAGUCCAGAACAGUGAUGAAGAAUCUGAGGAGGGUGAAGAAGAGCAAAGGUACGGAGCCAUAAAGAGGACACCCUGCGUUGUACAUACGCUGCAACUCGUGGUGAACUUGAUCCAGAAGGAACAAAGUGUCAAACGACUCUUUGACAAAGUGAGAGGACUUGUCAGGCUCUUCCGCAAGUCGUCUGUAGCAACUGAGCGACUGCUCCAGCUGUGUGGACUUACUCUGGUCAAAGACUGCCUCACUAGAUGGUCCAGCUCAUACCAGAUGAUCUCCCGCCUUCUCGAAGUAAAGGACUCAAUUGUCCAGGUUGCUGAUGGGAUGGACUGGGACUGUCUCCUGCCCAGUGAGUGGCAGAAGCUGGCUGCUCUCAGAGACCUGCUCCUCCCCUUCGCAGAGCAUACCAAGAUGCUACAGAGUGACACCAUGUCCCUAUCCCUGGUGGUGCCCGCCCUCUUGGACCUGAGUGCUCACCUGUCCCAGUUCCCCCAGGGCACUGGCUACAGGGACCUAGCUGUCCUGGCAAACAUGGAGCAGCGCUUCAGCUGCUUCCUUGAUCCCAGGGAUUCAAAGUUCUCGCCCCUCGCCACUGCUGCAUGCUUCCUUGAUCAAUAA